AUGGCUUUAUUUAUCCGAUAUAGCUGCCAUGAAAGAUCUUAUCCUGAAGUUCCUGUCCCGGACAGCGCUGAGUCGAGAUCCCUCUCCAAUCGUGUUAUCAGUAACUACCUUCUCUCCUUACCCCCUGAUAAAGACAUCCUCUCUUUAGCUGCCGGCUCUCCUGCUCCCGUCACCUUCCCCAUCGAGUCAAUGUCCGUUAAUUUAAAGUCUGGAGAAAAUUUAAAGAUUGAAGGUGCCGCAAUGGCUGCUGCUCUUCAGUACAAUAGGACGAUAGGUCAGGUUGGUAUUCUAGACUUUUGGAGCAAGAUCAUCGAAGAGAUGCAGCCAUAUCCUGGCCCAGAACGACAGACGAUCGUUACAACUGGAGCAGAGUUUGGUUCGUAUCUGGCUCUCAAUGCUCUGAUUGACGAUGGGGACUCUGUGUUGAUUGCCAACCCUGUUUACCCUCCCAUGUUACUGAAGUCCAGAGCGAUGAGUGCGAACGUGGUGUCAGUGCUUGAGGACCCAGUGGUCGGUGGUUUGUGUCCGCGGAACCUACGUGCCACAUUAGAAUCCUGGCCAGAUGCCAAACGGAAACCCAAAGUUCUCAUCGUUUGCCCGACUGGCAGUAAUCCGAGUGGAGCAAACAUUCCAGAAAAGCACCGGCAGGAGAUUUACGAUAUAGUUUGUGAACACGACCUGCUGAUUAUUGAGGACGACCCCUACUAUUUCAUAAACUACGGCAAGCCGCUUAAGACAUUUCUACAUUACGACUCGGAGGGCAGAGUGAUUAGACUAGACUCUCUGAGCAAGGUGUUGUGCCCUGGGUUUAGACUGGGUUUCUGUACAGCCCCUCCUAAACUAGUUACUUACAUGGAGCGUCAUUACUCGGUGUCUCUACUGAACUCAUGUAAUUUGUCGCAAACUGUGGCGGGCGCCUAUUUCGAAAAGGUCGGGAUUGACGGGUUUAAGGAGCACACACAAGAAAUAACUCAGUAUUACAAGUCACAGAGAGACGCCAUUAUUUCAGCGCUGGAUCUGCAUAUGGCAGAUCUUGCUACCUGGAUUGUCCCCGAGGCUGGUAUGUUUGUGUGGCUUAAAUUGAAGGACAUAGAGGAUGCAUCAUCAUUUGCGGAGCUUGCUAUGGACAAUGGAGUUGCUUUUGUUCCUGGGAGCGCGUUUGUGACGGAAGACGUAAAAUCGCCCUACUUGAGACUCGCUUUCAGUUUGGUGCCUGAGAAGCAACUUGAAGAAGCAGUGAUGAGACUUGCUUCCUCUAUUAGAGAAUCUACUAAUGUUGCUUCAAUCGCGCGCUAUGGAGCUUAAAGAGACUGACCUGAGUCUACAGACUUCUGAGACGAUUAUUGAUUUGGACCAAAUUUUGGUAGUUGUAUAGACUCGAAAUACAAAGUAGAUUGACAAUUUUUUGAAUAGAUCUUUUUGAAAAUGAGCGGGUGUAUCCGAUAAUGAGUCGAACAUGUCAAACAAUUUUUGGAAAACCUUUUAUGCAAUUUUUGGCCAUGAUAUCACGAAGAUUUGAUUGAUAUUGAUUCAUUUGCUUUUAUUAGUAAUAUUACUUUUAUUUGUAACAAUGAUAUUGAUACACAAAAAUGUCGGAGUAUGGUCAUUGGUUAUGAAUUAUUGAACAUUUUGCAUGUAAACAUUUAAUAAAUAUAUUAUGGAUAUUUAUUUAUCAAAAUUUGUUGCUUUAAAUCCGACCCAAUUGGAUUUGGAGUAAUGAUAAUUUGACCCGACUUACAGUUACAUGUAAAUAUUUAUAUACAAUAGAGUAGUAGUAUUCA